AUGAAUUCACAAAAUUCUACUAUUCAUAUCGGAACCUUUGGUAGAAUUUCAUAUGUAGAUCCAAAAAAACUUUUAGAUUUAAAGUUUAAGUAUGAAAAAGCUUCAGAUAUUUACAGUUAUGGUGUAUUAAUUAAAGGUGAUUUAGUAUUACUUCGUCUUUUUAUUAUUGAUGGAUAUCGUGAAAAUGUUAUAGAAGAGACCCCUGAAAAUUAUAAGGAGCUUUAUGAAAAAUGUUGGAAUUUUAUACCUAAAGUAUUAAAAAAGUUUUAG